UGUGUGUGUGUGAGAGAGAGAGUUAGUGUGUGCGCGCGUGUGUGUGUUGGCUUCAGGGACAUUCCUUUAAGGCAAAACAAACACGUGUAAUUCGUGUGAGAAGUUUAAACAAAUAUGUUGCGAAAGUAAAAAGAAAACAAACAUCAACUCGCGCGUGUUACAUGUAGAAGAACUUGCGUGUGAUAGACGGAUCUUUAUUGCACUUUUACUGCAGUAACUAGAGGCAGAAGAACCGCUGCUAAUAAACAUGCUUUUCUCUUGGUGCUGUUGAUCUCCUGCAGGAUUAACGAUGGAGAAGGUGCUAACGGCUACGGUGCUACCAAGGACCAGGUUAGGGAAGCGCUCUCCUCUGGGAGCCUUGGUGUGCAACUCUUCACCAGAAGGUCUCGCAGAAGUAGGGGGACACGGAGACACGGACGGAGCUCCUGGGACCGGAGCAGGAGUCCACGGUGUCCACGGUGUCCACAAGGUCAAACUGUACCCAGGACAGCGGGUGUAUGUGCAUUGUGGUGGACAGGAGCGUCCUGGCGUUGUGGAACAGCACAACCAUGUGGACAAUGAAGUGUCUAUAUUCGUACAGCAGCUCAAUCAGAGCGUGCACCGCAAACUGGAGGACGUGUGGUUGAGCUCAACAGGCGGCGGCGCUCACUCCGUGUCAUCGUCAAUCGACGUGCCAAAAAGAAGUGUAGAGAGCGCGGACAUGGAUGAAAUCAUGGCUGCUAUGGUGCUGACCAGUCUGUCCUGCAGCCCAAUGAUCCAAAGCCCCGUUCAUGGAGAACCGACUCCAGUGUCCAAUGGGACGGAUAGCACUGCUAGUGAAAUGUCUGAUGGUGGUUACUGGAGCUGCGACCAUGGAAACAGCAGUCCUGCAGCUUCUCCGCCCGACGCAGAGGCGGACCGAACCCCUCCUGUCGACGACGGCCUGGACAUGGAGAUGGAUCAGAUGUUGUUUGAUGAACCUGCCCCAAGGAAGCGCAAGAACUCAGUGAAGGUGGCGUACAGGUGCCUGUGGCCAAACUGUGGCAAAAUCCUCACCACUAUCGUAGGCAUGAAGCGCCACAUCCGUACUCUUCACCUGGGCAGACAGAGCGAACAGGAGCGCUGCCAAAGAGAAGAAGAUUUCUACUACACCGAGAUCUACCAGGACGCGGAGCAGACUCCGGUUCCGAUCGGCUGCGGCUCACCUUCCAGUCCGAGCCACCGGGGAUCGUCUCCGCCGACGCCGGAGCCUGUGCAGCCCGGUCCACUCAGCCAGUCGGCCCCCAGCAGCUUCUGGCAGGUCCAUUCCGAACACUCGUACCAGGCUCCGCCUCCUGUUGUGACUCUGUGUAAAGCCGUGUGUGUGCCCGCUCCGCCACGCUGGACGCCUCUCGUCACGGCACACCAGAGCAAACAGGCUGCUCCGUUUCGCCGGCGUUCCGUCAGUGUCGGAGAGCAGUGGCUCCAAAACAACAGCGCCCCCUCCAGGCCUCCGCACCUCGCCAGCGUUUCGCCUCCGAGGAACCACUGCGCCGCACGGAGGGUUCGAGGCGAGGCUAAGAAGUGCCGGAAGGUGUACGGUAUCGAGCACCGGGAUCAGUGGUGUACAGCCUGUCGCUGGAAAAAAGCCUGCCAGAGAUUUUUGGACUGAAGCCUUAGCUGGAGCUGAACGACAUACGAGUCAGAGACUGAGGGGAAAAAAACAAACGAAGAUGUGGAAGUGGAUCAAACUGCGGCUAAACCGCGGUGGAGGAAAACCAGACGAACAAUCUUUUUUUUUAUUAUUAAUUCUGUGCAUUUUUUAUGAGACAUUUUACUGUGAGGUGCAGCGUUCUCUCCUCGGUGCUGAUUCAACUCUGGACUCAUCCUCGCCGCACCUUUCUCUCUUUAUCUCUUUCUCAUCACUUGUCAGUCUUCCUGAAGGUCGCCGAGGUCGUCUUGGGCUCCUCUCAGCGCCGAUUUCUUUCUCUGACACGCGUGUGGCAGCCGUCCGAUUUGUGAAGUCUGGGAUUACGUGACGAUGCUGAUGCCGCACACGGUGGCGAUCGAUGUUUACCGCGAGAGGUUCGCAGUCAUUCCAGAAAAACCCGUGCGUCUUUCUGUUCGCGUUUUAUUUUUUAUUAUUUUUUUUGGAAGAGAGCUCUUCUUUCUUUUUACGGAAAGACGUUCUUUUUUUUGUUGUUCCGUGUCUUUUUUUCAGGGGAGGAAGUGAACGGCAGCUCUACGGCGAAAACGAUCCGCAAGGACGUGCUUUAAAAGCGUACACGCCUUUACCUUUAUGUAUGCCAUGUAUACCAGCUAACGUGCUGUUGUGUGUUUUAUAACGACAAACAGAGCGUAAAAGAAAACUUUUUUUUGUAUUGAGAUUCUUCAUUUUAAUAACUGACUGCAGUUAUGAUGCAUUUAUGUCUACAUCUGUCUCGUAUCGUACGCUGGAAAGGACGACGUUUUGCUCUUUUUUUUUUUUUUUUAGUUCAACAGGAAGCGUUCGGAUAUAUUUUCGAUCAUGGAUUUGAUUUUGAAAUAAAGAAAACGUGUCCAGUCUCGUCUUUGUUUCAGGAAUCACUGAUGUUUAUUUUUCAUUUUAUUUUUUUAUUUUUUUGCGUCAUUUAGUUUUCAUCGUGCGCUUAAAAAAAACAUGUCUUUGUUAAGAAUGAAAUCUUUUUAUUGUGUACUUCUGAUCACUCCUGCAUCAUUAUCCCUCAGCUGCACUACUUUGACUCGUGUUAAGAUUCAAAAUUAAAACGAUUCGAAAAUCUCGUGUGGAUUUGAGCCUGGAAUUCAAAAUGAAACACAGAAAAGUGAAAUUCUUCAAAGGAAGAAUUUUUUGGGUCCAAGCAUUUGACUUAGGGUUAAAUUCUGAACUUGUGUGUUUGCGUUUUAAACGUCGUCCCAGAGCGAGUCGUCUUUACGCAGUAUUAAUCAGACCUUCAGACCUUAUGCGAAGAAAUAAAAGAAGGAUGUUGGGGGUUCAUCAUCAGGAGCUUUUUAUCCCACCAAAGUCUGAGAUAUCAUCAGUUACAGUCUGUACAGUGUUCCAGUAUUCUGCAUGAAAUGACUCUGGAAUUAUUAUUUUCUUUUUUUGGAAAUUGUCAUUUUCAUGUUUUAAUACACUUUCUAUUGAAGCCAA